AUGUCGUCUUCGAAGCUCGCUGCUGCUCGCUAUGGCAAGGACAACGUGCGUGUCUACAAGGUGCACCGCGAUGAGAAGACCGGCGUCCAGACAGUGGUCGAGAUGACCGUCUGCUGUCUCCUCGAGGGCGAGAUUGACGUCUCAUACACCAAGGCAGACAACAGCGUCGUAGUCGCCACCGACUCAAUCAAAAACACCAUCUUCAUCCUUGCCAAACAGCACCCCGUGACCACCCCCGAGCUAUUCGGUUCCAUUAUCGGCAACCACUUCAUCGAGAAAUACAGCCACAUCCAUGUCGCUCACGUCAAGAUCAUCACCCACCGAUGGACCCGCAUGACCGUCGACGGCAAGCCUCAUCCUCAUUCCUUCCUCCGCGACGGCGCCGAGACACGCAACGUGCAAGUAGAUGUGACCGAGGGCAAGGGCAUCGAAAUCGCCUCGAGCAUCCAGGGCCUGCACGUGCUAAAAAGCACCGGCUCUCAGUUCUGGGGCUUUGUGCGCGACGAAUACACCACUCUGCCCGAGGUCUGGGAUCGGAUCCUCAGCACCGAGGUGGACGCGACCUGGAAAUGGAAGACGUUUCCCACACUCGCCGCUGUGCAAGCGGACACAGCCCGCUUUGAUAAUGCGUGGAGCGCCGCACGCGAGAUUACGCUCAGCUUUUUCGCAAAGGAGAAUAGCGCCAGCGUGCAGGCUGUUAUGUACAAUAUGGCUGAUGCCAUCUUGGCUGCUGUGCCGGAGGUGGAGUCGGUGGAUUAUUCGUUGCCGAAUAAGCACUACUUUGAAGUUGACCUCAAAUGGCACAAGGGUCUGAAGAAUACUGGCAAGGAUGCCGAGGUCUACGCUCCUCAGUCGGGACCCAACGGACUGAUCAAGUGCACCGUCGCUCGCUCUACCAAGGCUAAACUGUGA